UUCCGGAUGCCCCAUCUUUUCCACCAUCACUUCUGGGAGAGAAAGAUUCAGGUUGGUGGGCGUGGUGACAGCCGCGAAGCGAACAAGACCUCUUUUCAGCGGAAGGUCCUCCAGGGCUCCUUUGGUCUACUCCUCUGUGUGCAUGUGUGCGAGCCCUUCGGCGGUGGGAGGGUGGCUCCGUGUGUGGAGCCUCAGCCGGGACCCAAGUGAAUGGCUCCCAGGGGCUGCGCGGGGCUGCAGCCUCCGCAGCCUCCGCAGGCCUGGGUCUGGCCAGGAAAGAUGCUAGCCAUGGGGACGCUGGCAGGCUUAUGGGUCAUCAGCCUCCUCACCUAUGGUUACCUGUCCUGGGGACGUGGCUUAGAUGAAGAGGAGGAAGGGACCUUUGGAGCUCAAACCGGAGAAAGAUUAGAGCCCAGCACCUCUUCCACCUCGCAGCCCCAUCUCAUUUUCAUCCUAGCGGAUGAUCAGGGAUUUAGAGAUGUGGGUUACCAUGGAUCAGAGAUAAAGACGCCCACUCUGGACAAGCUUGCUGCAGAAGGGGUUAAACUGGAGAACUACUAUGUCCAGCCGAUUUGCACGCCAUCCAGGAGUCAGUUUAUUACUGGAAAGUAUCAGAUUCACACCGGACUUCAACAUUCUAUCAUCAGACCCACCCAACCCAACUGUUUACCUCUGGACAAUGCAACCCUACCUCAGAAGCUAAAGGAGGUUGGAUAUUCAACACACAUGGUUGGAAAAUGGCACUUGGGUUUUUACAGGAAAGAGUGCAUGCCCACCAAGAGAGGAUUUGAUACUUUCUUUGGUUCCCUCUUGGGAAGUGGUGAUUACUAUACACACUACAAAUGUGAUAGUCCUGGGAUGUGUGGCUAUGAUUUAUAUGAGAAUGACAAUGCCGCCUGGGACUAUGACAAUGGCAUCUACUCCACACAGAUGUACACUCAGAGAGUACAGCAAAUCUUAGCUUCUCACAGCCCCAGAAAGCCUCUAUUUUUAUAUAUUGCGUACCAAGCUGUACACUCACCGCUGCAAGCCCCAGGCAGGUACUUUGAACACUACAGAUCCAUUGUCAACAUAAACAGGCGGAGGUAUGCCGCCAUGCUCGCCUGCUUAGAUGAAGCAAUCAACAACGUGACCCUUGCUCUGAAGACAUAUGGUUUCUAUAACAACAGCAUUAUCAUUUACUCUUCGGAUAAUGGUGGCCAGCCUACAGCAGGGGGAAGUAACUGGCCUCUCAGAGGUAGCAAAGGAACGUACUGGGAAGGAGGCAUCCGGGCCGUGGGCUUUGUGCACAGCCCCCUCCUGAAAAACAAGGGGACAGUGUGCAAGGAGCUUGUGCACAUCACCGAUUGGUACCCUACUCUGAUCACACUGGCUGAAGGUCAGAUCGAUGAGGACAUUCAGCUGGAUGGCUAUGACAUCUGGGAGACCAUAAGUGAAGGCCUUCGUUCACCCCGAGUAGAUAUUUUGCACAACAUUGACCCUAUAUACACCAAAGCAAAAAAUGGCUCCUGGGCAGCAGGCUACGGGAUCUGGAACACGGCGAUCCAAUCGGCCAUCCGAGUGCAGCACUGGAAGCUGCUGACGGGCAACCCUGGCUACAGUGACUGGGUCCCUCCACAGGCUUUCAGCAACCUGGGGCCCAACCGGUGGCACAAUGAGCGCAUUACCUUGUCGACUGGCAAAAGUGUGUGGCUUUUCAACAUCACAGCCGACCCCUACGAGAGAGUGGACCUCUCUACUAGGUAUCCAGGCAUCGUGAAGAAGCUUCUGCGGAGGCUGUCACAGUUCAACAGAACUGCGGUGCCCGUCAGGUACCCCCCCAAAGACCCCAGGAGUAACCCCCGGCUCAACGGAGGCGUCUGGGGACCCUGGUAUAAAGAGGAAAACAAGAAAAAGAAGCCACGCAAAAAGGCUGAGAAAAAGCAGAAGAAAAGCAAGGCUAAAAAGAAGAAACAGCAGAAAGCAGGAACAUUUCCAAAUUGCCAUUCAGGGACAACUGCAAGUUAA